UAUUUAUCUAUAUCUAUGCCUAUAUCUAGAAAGAAAGAAAGAGAGAGAGAGAAGGAAAGGGAGGAAGACAGACAGACAGAGAAUUACAUUAUCCCCUUAUCACCCUAUCAUCUAUGGGAAGUGACAGGUGAGGAUAAAAUGCGUUAUAUCUGAGAUUUUUGGAUGUAUAUAUAUAUAGUCGUCGACAGGGGUAGGGACACAAGACACGAAUGAAAAAGGUAUUUUCCGAAGACACUAACUUUUGCAUAUCAUAACAAUGCGGCAUUUACUUCUGGUAUUGAGUGUUGCCAUCACCGGAUUCGCGAGCGCCCUCUGCCCUCCGCCAGACUGCAACGCCAGCCUACCUCCAGACCUGCCACCAUAUUACAUGUUAAGCGAUAAUGAAAACUGCCAUAAAUUCUACUACUGCUUCGACGACGACGGCGACAAUACUUACGACAUCACCGACACUUCCUACUGGUGCGAGGACCACGGCGCCGUCUUCAGCCAGGGAGACCAGCGUUGCGGUAACUACACGUGCGUCGAGUCGUGUUCUGGCACAUGCGCGCCGUACGAAUGCAGCUCAGAUCCCUCGCAAGAAAAAAGAUCCGACCCGUACGAUUGCUCGAUUUACUACACCUGCUCAGACGGUGCAGCGGUGCACUGCGAAGGCGACAAACCCUUCUUCGACGGGGACCAGUGCCAGGAGGACGAAUCCAAAUGCUGCCACUGCAAACCCUACUGCCACCAAGGAGAACGGUUCACGAACGUCCCAGAUCCGUUGGACUGCAAGAGCUUCUAUUUCUGCGUGAGUGAAUAUGACUUCCCGACAUACCAGAGCACUUGUGACGGUGGGAAUUUCAAUCCGUUUACCGGUUUGUGUGACGAGACUUUUCCUUGCGUCACCUUGUGUCCAGCGCCGUAGUCUCAGGAGCUUCUGCCAUUGGGAUAAAAAAAAAGUGAAAUACUAUCAGCCAAAAUGUUUAAGAAACAACAAAUAUUGUUUGUCGGUUGGAUUCUUUGCUUUGUCUUACUGACCGGAAGAUGCAAAUCUCGGCAAGGCAUUUUUUUUAACAUUUCUACGGAACUUGCAUGUUACAAUACAUAUUAUCAUGUGAAUAUUUUCUAGACAAAGGAUGAUGUAACCA